UCGUAAACGGAAUACCAAUCCAGGUUUAUCAGUGCGUUUCUUCGAUACGACGGGCGGUGGUUGGUCAGGCAUACAAAACCAGCACACCGGUACCGGUGUUUGACCAGAGCUUCGCCCGUAGGUACAGUGGUACUUGUGCUCUUAUGGUAACGUUACAUGAAGCCGUGAGGACGCGAGUUUUGUUCCCUGUCGUCUCUGAUACCGCGGUUACGUCGUGUCUUAAACUAACAGGAUAUCUACAAAUGUCCAUCGUAUCUGGAGCGUUGUAAAACCAUGGGGUUUGACUAAGUUUGCUGCUGAGCAAAGUUACCGUUAUUUCCACUUACAGUAUUUGGAAAAAACUGCGAAAUUACCUCACGGUAAUUUUUUUCUGUCAACUGGCCUCUUAUGUAAUGGGAGGGAUGAGACGGGGCGAGGCCGGUUUAUGAAGGAGGGCGGGGGGUGCCAGCGAUGGAGGAGGCCGCCAGCCUUCUGGAGAGGGAGCACGUGCACAGCGUCUACGAGAGGAUCGCGCCCUACUUCAACGACAGCCGCUACAAGGCCUGGCCCAAGGUGCGGCAGUUCCUGCUGGAGCAGGAGCCGGGAAGCAUUGUUGCAGACGUGGGCUGUGGCAACGGCAAAUACCUCAACAUCAACGAUGACGUAUUCAAGCUGGGCUGUGACGUCUGUCGCCCCCUGGUGGAUGCAGCACGCAGCCAAGGCUACGAGGUGCAGGUGUGCGACGGGCUGCGGCUGCCGUACAGAGAUGGCUGCUUUGACGCUGUUCUGUCCAUAGCAGUCAUCCACCAUUUGUCCACCAAAGAGCGGCGUAUCCGAGCGAUUAGGGAGAUGGCCCGCACUCUGCGGGUGGGGGGCCGGCUCAUGAUCUACGUGUGGGCCAUGGAGCAGAAGAGGCGCAAAUUCGAGAAGCAGGACGUCUUCAUCCCCUGGAACCCCAACCCCCCAUCCUCCCCCGCCAAAUCCCGGAGGCAGGCUGCCAAAGCACCCAGCGGGGGGGGCCACGGCGAUGCAGGCAGCGACGGUGACAAGCACAGGAAAGUGAAAAGCACAUCGUCCAUGGCGGAGGAGGAGGAUGAGGACGCGGCCGGUGCCCGCCACCAGAGGUCGCAGAGGCUGUGGUUCUUCUCCAGGUCGCUGGACUCAGUGCUGGAUUUCGGGAGCUUGGCCACACCCAGGCCCCCCACCAGGGAGCUGAAUGGGUCAUGUGCCCAGGUGGGGGACGGGGACGGGAUGAGGGCAUGCCGGCGCGGCCGGGGGGCGGGCCUCAUUAAGCAGGUGUCCAGCCUCUUCUCCUCCUCUGCUAACAGCUCCGAGGAGGACGUCUUCGGCUCUGUGACGGACCAGCGGGGGGGCGGGAAGGGGAGGAGCGAGGGAAAGCAGGCCGUCUACGGCACCAUCGUCCACGGGUGCGGCUCCGUGCCCCUGCCUGACCUGGUCAUGCACCAGAGGGAGAAGCCGGAGGAGACAGGCAGGGGCGACGGGGACGCGGAGCUCCGGGGGACACCCCCUCGGCGGCAGGCCAGCUCGGAGUGUCUUGGGGAAGACGAGGAGGUGAAUGGGUGGAACCGGGCAAAGCCCACGGACUCCUGCCUGCGGUACUACCAUGUGUUCAGGGAAGGGGAGCUGCAGGAGCUGAUCGAGACCCACGUGGAAGAGCUCCACGUUCUGCAGAGCUGCCUAGACCACGCCAACUGGUGCGUGGUAGCCGAGAAGGUCCAGGUGUGGAAGAUUUAAGCCUGCGAGAAAAGCUCAGUGUUCUUUUAAGAGUAAGCCUUUAGCUUAUUUUUAAUCAACAUUUCAUGUUUCUUCUUGACUUUAUAUUCGUUUUUAGUCAUUUUAGUGUUCAUUAUUUAUAUUUUUGAUUUAAGGUACCAUGAUCAAACUGCGUUGCCUUGGAAGGUAAAAGCUGUGUUUUAGAAGAACGUCCCUCCCAAUUAUUACUUGUGUGAUUUUUCCUGAAGCAAUUAAUUAUGGGCUGUUGAUUUGAAAUUCCUCGAGAUGGAGACAGACUGCUACACUCAGGUGGGUCCAUGGGGAGUAGUUUUGUCUUCAGUUUUGAUGCUGCUAUCAGAAGAGGUCAGAUUUUACAAAACUGGCCUUUCUUUGCCAAGUAGCCAUGAUAAGCUGUUAUUUGAGAAGACGAUGAAACCAUACACCAUUCUGAAUAGUGUUUUCAGUUGUAUAUGUUGCGAGUCCAUGUACGUAGUUUUGUGUGAUUUAGUUUUUUAGCCAAAGAGAACCAAUCCAGAUGGCAUCCUUGUCCAGUGUCAUGUUUAUCAUAGAGUUAAACAUGUUCCUGAAGUAGAGCAGUGUUUUUUUCCUCUCAUGCAACAGCUGCCCAUUACCUGAAAACACAUCUCGACUUGCACGCAAUUGCCCAGCACUAAGCAAUGUGAACAAUCUGAAAAGCAAUUGGUUUUAAAGUGUGUGUGUACAUAUAUUUUUAAGAGAGCUGUCAGUUACUGUGUGACUUUGUCUUUUAGAUGACUGUAGAUACCGUGCAUAUCAGCUGCCGUGUUACCUUUUAGAACUAGAAAGUUCUGUAGAUGUGUCACUGCUGACGAAGCCUCAGAAGUUUGCACGUUGAGUCUUCGCUCCAAAACGUGAAUAUCUGUGCUCUUACAC